GUUCGCGCCCCGCCCCGCUCCUCCCACGGUGGCCGUGAGACUCCGCGACCCCGGCUUCUGGGCCGGCCUCCACGGCGAGGUCCCCGGGCUCCUGGACUGGGACAUGGGCAACGAGUGCUUCCUCUCCUUCACCACGUCGCACCUGCCCAUGGCCGAGCAGAUCCUUGCCAAAUAUAGACUCCGAAUAGUUCAUCCACCUGUAUUGCCUCUGAAAAGGAAGCCCAACCCUGACGGGGAUGCUCCAGAGAUUGAGCCCAACCUGUGGAUGUGGGUGAACCCCAACAUCGUGUACCCUCCGGGCAAGCUGGAAGUCAGAGACCCCACGAGGACUGCAGAUGUGACAAGCAAGCCUUCCUGCCCUCCGCCAUCCCUAGAAGAGCAAGAUGCCAGCAGCUCAGAGGGCACCGGGGUGGAAUCACCGCUGCCUUCCUGCAGUGAGCAGCCGCCCCCCGAGAAGCGGAAGCGGUUCGCCUCUUCCCCUGGUGACAGGGAGCUCACAGAAGAGGAGGAGGCCGAGGACCAGGAUGACAGCUCCUCUGUGGCUCUCCUGCCCCCUCUCACAAGGGCCUCCCUCCAGAGUCGGAGGCUGCAACAAACCGUCAGCCUGGAGGGGAGGCUCUGGUCCCGGCCCCCUCUCAAUUACUUCCACCUAAUUGCCCUGGCACUAAGCAACAGUCCCCCCUCUGGCCUCAACGUGCAGCAGAUCUACAGUUUCACUCGAUGGCACUUCCCCUUUUUCCGGACGGCUCCAGAAGGCUGGAAGAAUACUAUCCGUCACAAUCUCUGUUUCCGCGACAGCUUUCAGAAAGUGCCGGUCAGUAUGCAGGGGGAGGCCAGCCCCCGACCUCGAUCCUGCCUCUGGAAGUUGACUGAGGAGGGACGCCGCCGCUUUGCGGAGGAGGCCCGCGCCUUGGUUUCCACUCAGCUGGAGAGUAUCCAGCAGUGCAUGAGCCAGCCAGAUUUGAUGCCCUUCCUCUUCCGACCAUGAGGAGCAAGAGUCAUCGGCUGUGUCUUAUUAAAGUUCCCGACAGCAGCCUCUGCGUGUGUGUUUGUGUGUGCUGUGUGUGUGAGAGUCUCAGGAUGGGCUCAGGGCAGGAGUGUAGUUCAGCUCCAGUGUGGAAAUGGGGGCCCUCAGAGCCGUGGGCGGCUCCCAAGGUAACAGGGCCGGCGCUGGUGGCAGCUGGGAGAGCCUGUGCCCUUCGUUCUUCAGGCUCCUGGAGCAGCUUCCGCGCUCCUGGGUUGUGAAGAUUAUCUGAGGAGAUGCUAGCUCAUAGUCAGCAGUGCCACUCAUUUACCUUCAGCACCCUUUAAGAGGCUGCCGUGGACCCAGCUAGGCUCGGCAGACAGGCGCCGGGAGGACCCUUGGUCACGGCAGAGAGGAGGCACUGUGGAAGGCCUGCAGUUCAGGGAGCUGCAGCCUUCAGUACUUGGGUGGUGCUAGGGAUUGAACCCAGAGCCUCGGACCCGCUGAGCGUACUCCAGCACGGAGCUGUAUCUCCAGCCCUGCUUGAUCUUUGUGUGUGUUUUGUUUCCUUGGUUGGUUUUUAUAGUGCUAGAGGUCAAACCCGGGGCCUUGUGUGUUGCUUGAUUUUGUGUAUAUUUGAAAAUUUCAGUCAGAAACUGUACAAUACUGUAAUGAACACCAACAUCUGU